GUUGCCGGAAUAAGGUAGGCGUGGCCUGAUACAUCCAAUGAUAAGCAGCUUCUAGAGUAUGAGGGCGGUACCCCGUGAAAGGAUUGUCCAAUGAAAAUUAUCAACGGUAACACAUCGAAGGGGCGCCUUCGAAGAGGCUGAGGGGACGAUGGAGAAUUUCACGGCGCUGUUUGGAGCUCAAGCUGACCCACCACCGCCCCCAACUGCACUCAGCUUCGGACCAGGAAAACCUCCACCCCCGCCUCCGCCUCCUCCUGGAGGGGGACCCGGCACGGCCCCGCCCCCAACCGCGGCCACGGCUCCUCCCGGCGGCGACAAGUCAGCAGCUGGUUGUGGGCCCUUCUACCUAAUGAGAGAACUGCCAGGUAGCACAGAACUGACAGGCAGCACCAAUCUGAUCACACACUACAAUCUAGAACAAGCCUAUAAUAAAUUCUGUGGGAAGAAAGUGAAGGAGAAACUAAGUAACUUCCUGCCUGACCUGCCAGGGAUGAUUGAUCUGCCUGGUUCCCAUGAUAACAGCAGCCUCCGUUCCCUUAUUGAGAAGCCCCCUAUUCUUGGUGGCUCUUUUAAUCCUAUCACAGGGACCAUGCUGGCUGGCUUCCGCCUCCAUACUGGACCGUUGCCAGAGCAAUGUCGACUGAUGCAUAUUCAGCCUCCCAAGAAGAAGAAUAAACAAAAGUACAAACAGAGCCGUACUCAGGAUCCUGUCCCCCCAGAAACACCAUCUGAUUCGGAUCACAAGAAGAAGAAAAAGAAAAAAGAAGAGGAUCCUGAACGGAAAAGGAAGAAGAAAGAGAAGAAGAAAAAGAAGAACCGACAUAGUCCAGAUCAUCCAGGUAUGGGCAGCUCCCAGGCCAGCAGCAGUAGCAGCCUACGCUAACAAGACUAUUGGACUUUGCACCAGGAUGGCUUUUCCUGCUGCACUGUACCUGCUGACAAAAGCAGCCUUCCAGGCUCUUGGACACUGCCGUGGGAGCAUCCUACGGUUGGGAUAGAGACCAGCUCCUGCUAUGUGCUCUGCAAUUAGCACAUUAAGAGAGAAAAGGGCCACACUUUUAUAAGGUUCGGCCUUUCUCAUGGACAUCUCUUCCUCUCCCCUGGGAAGCGUUCUUUUCCUCUUUUUCGUGCAUUUGUCUGAUUUAGGACUUGAUCAUUGUUUUUCUUUUUAAAAAAAUUGCUUUUAUCAAA